CGAGAGAGCGCGGAUUGGCCAAGUCGGUAGCAGGGGGAGGGGCUGGUAACCCAGAGGAGGCGGCGGCGGCUGUGCCGCGGUAGGUGAGGCGUCUGACCCGGCUGUGGGCCCCGGCAGGGCGCGGCGAGAUGGAGGUGACCGGGUUGUCUGCGCCCACAGUGACCGUUUUCAUCAGCAGCUCUCUGAACAGCUUUCGCUCUGAGAAGCGGUACAGUCGCAGCCUCACAAUAGCUGAAUUCAAGUGUAAGCUAGAGCUGGUGGUGGGCAGCCCUGCGUCUUGCAUGGAACUGGAGCUGUAUGGAGCUGACGAGAAGUUCUGCUGCAAACUGGAUCAGGAGGAUGCGCUGCUGGGCUCGUACCCCGUAGAUAACGGCUGCCGCAUCCAUGUCAUUGACCACAGCGGUGCUCGCCUUGGGGAGUAUGAGGAUGUGUCCAAGGUGGAGAAAUACAGGAUCUCACAAGAAGCCUACGACCAGAGGCAAGACUCGGUCCGCUCCUUCCUGAAGCGUAGCAAGCUGGGCCGAUACAACGAAGAGGAGCAGGCACAGCGAGAGGCUGAGACCACCCAGCGCCUCAGGGAGGAGCAGGAACAGGCCAGUGCCAUCCCUGUGGGCAGCCGCUGUGAGGUGCGGGUACCCGGGCAGCCUCCUCGCCGGGGCACUGUCAUGUAUGUAGAGUGAAUGAUUGAGAUGCAGGGAAGCAGGAGGGCCAGCUUCUUCUACUGGGGCCAGAAAAGUCAGCUCUGGAGCCUCAGCCGGGACCCCCGUUCCCACUCUGAUUAAACUGGUGGGGUCAUUGGCUGACAGCACCUGUGUAGCACCACCCCCACUCCCCCGCCUGAGGUGCACAGGAAUCAAAUCCCUUCAUCCCGCAGUUCUCAGAGCCUCAGGGAGGGAGGUGAGACCUGUACUUCUAGACUUGAAUGAAGUGAGGCUGAGGUUGUUGCAUGGUUUUCUAGAAAAUUCAGUUCCUGUGCCAAGCUGGGGCCACCGUUCCACGUCAGACAAUGCACCUGACAAUAUGCCAGCACAAGGAGUGCUGCUGCCCCACAUGGUGGCUGAGAUAGUGAAGAGGCUAGGAACAUCAAGGUUGCAUGGGCUUGGGAGGCUAGAGGGAGUUCCUUUCCAAGAGGGUAACCCCAGACUUGGGUCAGGACGGGUGAGUUGGGGCCAGGAAAACGGUGAAGUAAUUGGGUUUGGUAAUCCCGCUGUGGGGAUUAAAUGAAAGCCAGCAGAGUAUUUUUAAUACUUUUUAUACAUUUUUAUACCUAUAGCUAAUACUGGAUAAGCAUUGAUCUAUGUGCCUGGCUCUGAAUUUAAGUGCUUUACAUUUAUUAGCUAAUUUAAUGCUCACAACAGUCAUUUGGGGUGGAUAUUAUUAUCAGCCCCAAUUUAUAGUAAUGAAGCUGAAACCCAAAAAGAAGGAACUUGCUGGGUUUGCCAGCUGGUGAGUGCCAGAGCUGGGGUUUGACCUGAAUAUGCUGUCCAAUUUCAGAGUCUGUGCUCUUCUUCACUAAGGUCGUAACACCUGUUAACCUACGGAAAUAUCCCAAGUGUGUAACUGGUACAAGAAUCAACUUAAGUGGACCAUUAGCUUGUUUGAAUUAGUGAUUUAGCCCAGCUCCAGGGCAAAGGUUGCAUUCAGCCAGUCUGUGUUUAGCACCAGGAUCAAGUUUGUGAUCAGCAUGAAUCACAGGAUUACUUCAGACUUACAAAACCCUUUUGUUCAUGUGAUUCCUAUUCAAAUACAGGGUUGGUCACAAAUAACACCCCUUUUUUAUUAAAUCAUAAGCAUGUAGUUCUAUAACAUAAUAUCACACUCAAGCACACCAUAUGAAAUUUUAGGUAAAAUGUUCAAAUUAAAACUAAAUUAUUACACCCAUAAUAUUACCCUACCAACCACACUCAAGCAGGCAUUAUUUCUGCUGGACCCUGUAUAUCCCACACCUAUGCCUUCCUUAGUACCAGCACCAUCCAGCAGAUUUAGUGGAUUUGUUCUCCCUUCCCCACUGCCAGCAGUUUUACUCAUAAUGAAAUAUGACAGCCAAAGAUAAAUGAAUAAAUAAAGAGGCAAUGUUUGGUAAGUAUUCUUGUCUGCCUUCACCUCUCAAACAAGGACUGUGUCCAAUUCAUGAAUGUGUUCCCAGCAUCAGGCCUGACAUACAACUGGAGGACUUAAUGGGUCUGGAAGGAAAUUCCACCUUUUCCUGCUGCUUUCUCUUAAGUUAUGGAUCUGGUGUUAGGUAGAGGGUGUCCAAAUGCUCAGCACAAUAUGUUCCAAAGCCCACUUUGCAUCUAGGGUAGCUGCACAAUAUGAGCAGAAGUGAAAUGUGUACAACACAUUUAUUAAAGAAUAUGGUGAACUUUCCCCACACUAACCUCUCCUGUUUGCCACCUUGAAGCAGAUGAUUUUGAGCACAUGAAAAUGAUGGGGCCGCAGGGUGGAGUCUGGGUGUGUGAAUCACUGAAUAGAGGUUAAUGCCAAUCAACCAGAUCCUUGCAUCAAACUGUGCUUGUGGGACGGGGUGGUGGGGUGGUGUGUGUAUUUGUCAUAGCGGUUGGUAUUACCAUAAUACACUGACCACUGUAUGUUAAAGCUUAAGUACCAGGUCAUUCUAUAAAAUGAGUCUCUAAUCCCUAACUGUGGUCAGCUUUGACAUAACAGCUGUAGGUUUCCUAUAUAGAAAUUACCAGCAUGAUCCCUUCCAUAGUCAUUGUGGGGUCGAUGCUGACAUGGCUCUCCCACCACCCAUGACGAGUGAUGGCCAAGGGGGUCCCUUGCCAGAAGGAAUGUGUAUUGCUUUGGGAAUGGUUGUAACUCCCUUCUUAUCUCCUUUUGGGAGCAGCUUGUCCUCUGAGUACUUUUGGACCUUUUCUUUCUGCAUGUACACACGGAACUAAUGUAGUUUAGAAUCAUGCACAGGACACGUGCCUCCUUUGUCUGGAACCCCUUAUAAUGAUCCUCAGACUGGAGGAGGUGUGGUCUCUCUCAAAUCAGUCUGUGGCCAUCAGUGCACUCCCUUGUAAUGUGAAUAAUAAACAGCACGUCCACAUCUGCUAGUGUUCUGGGUGGUAUUUUUUGGAAUAUCACGGACACUUAAGCAGCUGUCUGGUUUGGAGCUCCUGCGUUAUAAUUGACAAUUUAAAUGUUUCCCCAUAUUCUUCAAAGGAAAAUGUCCAUGUUGACACGUGGAAGGCAUUAAAUCACACCCUUGACAGAUCCUCACUCGGAGCUCAAAGGUAUCAUUUUUGGGUGAUCAUUCUCCUGCCCCUGUCCUUUGCCCUCUACAAAUGCAGGUGCUUUCUGGGGCCAGAUCAAGUGAGUCUCAUGUCCUCAGUACUGAUCCAUUAGCUGGACUAAUUUUGCUAGACUCUAGCUGAACUUCAGUUGGUAGAUGCUGGUUGGGAAGUUGGAAAUACCCCUGUAACACUCCCCACUCUGACAACUCCUUGAUAUGAAAGGGGUCAAAGCCUUGGGUCUGGAGGAAGGAAAUCCAACUCCUUCUUAUUGCUUCCCCUGAAGUUAUUAAUUUGGUGAUAGGUUGAGGGUGGUUACUGCUGGGCCCACCAAAAUCCAUGGUCCUUUUUCAUAGUGGCUGGGAGGGAGCUCCUUUUCUAAACCAUUAGUUUUGGAUUUUUAGUAGAUUGACAACUCAAUGUGUGUGUGUGUGUAGAUGUAUAUCUAUUCUUGGUGGGUGUUUAAUGUGAAUUUCUAAGUAUAUUCUGUGUGUUUGUGUGGCUCCUCACUGUGUGUGAGAGAAUUUGUGUGCCAACUGUGUUUCUGCAUGUGACCUCCCAUGUCUGUUUUGAGUGUUUCUCCAAUGACGGACUGUGAGCCAGGUGUGUGUUCUGUGUAUCUACAUGUGUCUGUAUGUUACGGUGGGCACCAGAGUACAUAUGUACAGAACAUGGGAUCCCUUCAACUUUCAGACAUUUCAGCCUCAUUCUGCUUACAUGGUUGCUCCCCACUGACAACUUCUCUGGUAGUUAUAAUUAAUUGCAAUGAAUAAAUAGAAUAUUACAAAUAGCCAUCUCAUCAGGAAUCCCUUUAAGAAGCUAAUGAGGGAUUAUUGCACAUGCAGACACAUGCAUGGUGUGAUCUGUGAUUUGGACUGCCUAGAAUGCAUGGGAUACAAGUGCACAUAUCACAUACUUGAGGGCACAAUAUUCUUUGCUAUGAAGGACUUCAUGCUACUUUUAUAAAGACUUUAGAUUUCUUUCAAAUACACUUGACCCUUGAUUAACAUGCGUGUUAGGACUGCCCAUCCCUGGUGCAGUCAAAAAUCCACAUGUAACUUUUAACUCCCCACAAACUUCACUAUUAAUAGCCUACCAUUGACCAGAGACUUACCGAGAACAUAAACAGUUGAUU